CGUGGGGUGCGCACUGAUAUGUUUGACAUUACUGUUCCUUACAGCGUGUAAUUCAUCAACCUUGAAUUUCACUUUCAGGGCCGAUUCACUUCUCAUCAGCUUGCCAGCCUGGUGUUUACCUCGAGUUAUAUCGCUUCAGUCUUUGUUUCUUUUGUAAAAGCGAUACCAAGGACAGACCUGUCCUAAACCGCCAAGAUGGUGAACAUUACGGAAAAGAUCAAGGAGAUUGAGGAGGAGAUGAGGAAAACCCAGAAGAACAAGGCAACUGAAUAUCAUCUGGGUCUCUUGAAGGGAAAGCUCGCUCGUCUCCGCGCUCAACUACUCGAGCCAGGGCCGGGCUCGGGCGGCGGUCCAGGUGCCGGUUUCGACGUCAGCAAAAGUGGUGAUGCUCGUAUAGCACUGGUCGGCUUCCCGUCAGUCGGUAAAUCCACGUUCUUAUCCAAGGUCACCAAGACCAAGUCCGAAGUCGCCUCAUACGCUUUCACGACCCUGACAGCCAUUCCCGGUGUGCUCGAAUAUGGCGGUGCCGAAAUCCAGCUGCUCGAUUUGCCCGGUAUCAUCGAGGGUGCCUCCGAGGGCAAGGGUAGAGGAAGACAGGUCAUUUCCGCCGCCAAGACAAGCGAUCUGAUUCUUAUGGUUUUGGACGCCACAAAACGUGCUGAGCAGAGGGCCCUCCUCGAGGCCGAGUUGGAGGCUGUAGGCAUCAGACUCAACCGGGAGCCACCAAACAUCUACCUCAAACCCAAAAAGGCCGGCGGCAUGAAGAUCACCUUCCAGACGCCGCCCAAGAACGGGCUGGACGAGAAAAUGGUGAUGAACAUCCUGCGCGACUACAAGAUCCUCAACUGCGAAGUCCUGGUGCGCGACGAGAACGUGACAGUUGAUGACUUCAUCGACGUGAUUAUGAAGGACCACCGCAAGUACAUCAAGUGCCUGUACGUCUACAACAAGAUCGACAGCGUGUCCCUGGACUUCCUCGACAAGCUUGCGCGUGAGCCGUACACGUGCGUCAUGAGUUGCGAGCUCGACCUGGGCAUCCAGGACGUCAUCGACCGCUGCUGGAAGGAGCUCAAGUUGAUCCGCAUCUACACCAAGCGCAAGGGCACCGACCCAGACUUUAGCGAGGCUCUGAUCGUCAGAAGUAAUAGCACCAUCGAGGACGUGUGCGACCGCAUCCACAGGACGCUCAAAGAGACCUUCAAGUACGCGCUGGUCUGGGGCGCCAGCGCUAGGCAUAUCCCCCAGAGGGUGGGGUUGGGUCAUCCGGUGGCGGAUGAGGAUGUCGUGUAUAUAGUCAGUGGGUGGAAGGCUUAGUUGGCGUGUUAUGGUAUAGGCAAGCCAGACUUGUCAAAAAAAAUAGAUCCACGACUUCCAUCACACGUCCACGCAAUCAGCCAAUUUUGAACAGAAGAUGGCAUUUAAGACUACCGUUGUAAAAUCUUGUCGUUAUCAUUCCAUCAUUCAUAAACGACGCCCUAUGGGCGC